AUGGCCGGCUACAGGGAGAUGUACGGAGAGCCGAGUGAUAUCACCCUGCAGCAGGAGAGACAUUACUACCUGCUGUCCCAGCUACAGAGCCUGGUGAAGGAUCUCCCUAGCUCCUGUCAGCAACGCUUGUCCUACACCAUUCUUAGUGAUUUAGCCCUGGCACUGAUUGACGGGACAGUAUUUGAAAUUGUCCAAGGACUGUUGGAAAUUCAGCACCUAACAGAAAAAAAUCUCUAUAACCAGCGAAUAAAGCUACAUGCAGAACACAGAGCUUUGAAGCAAGAUCUUCUUAAGAAGCAUAAAGAAGCUCAACAGUCAUGUAAAGCACACAAUUUACCAAUUCUCAAAAAUACACAGCAGAGGGAGCUAGAGGCUCUGGAACAGAGAAUAAGAGAAGAGCAGCAAAUGAUGGAUGAAAAAAUUGUUCUGGAAUUAGACCAGAAAGUCAUAGACCAGCAGAGUACAUUAGAAAAAGCAGGUGUCUCGGGCUUCUAUGUCACAACUAAUCCCCAGGUAAGUGACUACUCAUGCUUUAUUUUGGAUAAGAAUUCCUGUAAUUAA